AUCAACCGUUUUAUCAUUGUUGCCUCCCGUUUGUUUAGUCGGAAGUCUCGCGUGGUACGCGGUGGUGCCACUAAUUUGUUUCCAAGUUAUUGAGUGGCACCAACCGGACAGAGUUUUGAGACAAUUUGGGAUGCAACAACCAGUUCCAGAGUCUCCUUCACAACCCCUAAACAUUCAUGGCAUAACAUUAAAGGGGAAACAUAACGAAAAUUGGGGGCAAUUGUUCGCCCCAAUGAUUCAGCAGUGGAAUAAUCGCCAUGCAUUUAGGGUCGACGCUUAUCCCCGACAAGAAGGCCUAUUGAGUUUUAACUCGGACUACAUGGUCUGGUAUAGGCGAAAGACAAAGAUGUUUGUUAACCCAGCAAAUGCAAAGACGGCUACAUUGGGUGAAGUUGCGGAGGCAUUACAAUACAUGGUGUCUCCUCAAGGGAGGAAUACAUGCACAUUUGAUGAUCUCGUGCCUUAUGUGGAAAAAAUUACAAUUUUAUCCGAAGAGCAAGAGAGAGUCACUGAGCCAGUGUCACAUGGUCCCGCAUCAGAGCGUCAAUUUCCUGCACAACAGUUUCACAUGCUUCAGUCAAGUAUUGAAACUCAGGGGAUAGACAGAAGAAGGGACAUUGUUGAAGCGGAAGAAUAUUCCCAACAAAUGGCGGAGCGUGGCCAUGGAAUGUAUUACACGCCACAAACAUUUGCUGAGUAUCCGACCCAGAUGUAUCAAUAUCCUUUUCAGGGUCAUCACACUGAUACUUCUGCAAGCCAGCAAUCGUUCGGUGGUGUUGCGGAAACACAAGCUCAUUUUUCAUGGCCCACAAUGACCCCUUCACAGCAAUAUCAUGGCCCAAUUCCAACACCUAAUGCCCCGUUAGGAACACAAUGGAAUGUACCGGGACAAAUACCUAAUACGGGUGACUUAUUCGGUGUUGAUUUGCGGCACGCAUUUUCUGCGGAGGCUGACGAAGAAGAAGCGGGGAGGCAUCGGGGCAGAAGAAAUCCUGAUCGCCAAGCACGAAGAUGGGAUCGACCAUGUGGCACAUCCUCACGACAUCACGGACACCAAAAUGAAUGAUUUGCAUGUCUUCGUUUAUUAAGCCUUUGUUGUAUAUUUGUAAUUUGACAUUCAUGGCGUAAUGUAUGAUAUUCAGUUUAUUAAGGCUUACUUAUGGAUAAUAUUUAUGUCGCGUAUCAAACUAUAAUAAUCAAUGAACCGUAAACCAAAUAAAACUCAAAA